CUGAUUGGGUGGUUUUUAGUCCACCCCAUUAACGCGCUCUACUUCAAGACGCGUCGUUUCACUGUGGAUCUUCGCGUAUUACAGCGCGUGGGCCACGAUACGGGGCUAUCUGUUUCUUGGUUUCGCGUACCUACCAUGUGGAUGCAAUAAUAUUUUUGUUUUUCUCACCUACUAUUAUUCAAUCGUUAAUGCACUUUCUCUACUACAACUUUUCAUAAUUCUAAUUGAAUGCAGACUCAACCAUUCUGUGUCUCGCAUCAUUCUUACUUCUAUUAUCACAGAUAUAGAAAGAACUAAUUACAUUAAACCUCACUCGCACCUCCUUGAAAUACAGAGUUUCUUAGUCUUAUCUGCCAUUUCAACUCAAUUGCCAUGGCUGGUCCUGCUAUUAAGCAACAACGUCGUAAGACGUCGACUAAGUCCAAGGCCACUACUACCAACCAACAUACAUCAUCUACCAUUAGCAGCUUCGCCCGUGUCUCGAAAUCAAUAACAACUCAGACCGACAUCAAGAAGGAGAACCAGAUUCUUGCUUCCACACCAAAGAAGGAUACAAAACUUGAGGCACUUACUCCCGCUUCUCGAAAGCGAAAGGUAGUCGCAAGCAUCGAAGAGGAAGAUACAUCUGCGGAUGAGACUCCAACUAAGCUCUCCCUUCCUGCUAUUAAAUCUGCGAAACUUACACCACAGUCUGCUAAGCGCAGUCGUGGUCGACCUUCAAAGAAAUCUCGUUCCGAACUCGCGCCAAAGGAAACACCAAAGAAGAAUCCCGAACCCGCGACAAGGAAAAUUACCGAGUGCCUGCAAAAAAAGAGAGCAAGGAGUCCUAGCGUUUCCGAUUCCGAUGAAUCGACCAUCAAUGCCGGCGUACUACUCAAGAGACUCCGUCUAGAGUCUUCGCCAUCUCGCUGCUCAUCUCCUCUCACCGCUAAUACCUCAGUCGUUGACUCCGAGGCCGACGAUGAAACCUUUUCUCCCACACCAAGGAAAUAUGGCCGACUUCCUGAAGAGGUUUUGGCACUUGCCGACCUACACUCUUCACUCUUGAAAACUCUGACUCUCCACUACGCACACAAUGGAUCCAACGUCCCGGCCGAUUUGCGCGUCUUAUGUCCCAACGUCGCCCGAGCAUGGGGUAAGAAAAAGGUCACCGACUCUGACAUCCGAAUCUGCCUCGGUGUCCUAAACCUCGCAUCCAACAACACCAAACCACUAUUCUCCCUCUCCAACUACGGCCGCGGUAAAAUCUGCAUCGAGAUUGACUCUACGCAACAAAUCCGAGGCCGCCCAAUCGAUGAGAAAAAACUCAACGACCAAUUCCACGCCAACCUAACCCCGCUAUGGACUCAAUUCAUCUCCGAAAGCACCGCGUCAACCCCCGUUUCUACAUUCCUAACCAACCUCCCCAAAGCCCCCGUCGCGUUAUGUGAUUCCGUCAUCAAAGCCGAACCCGUCCUCGCCAAAGGUCAAAAACGACUUGAAGAGCUUAAACACGGUAUUGCGGUCAAGAAGCAAGAAAAAGAAACCAAGCAACAACAAACCAACCCCGACGGUUCGAAAAUGAGUCUCCUCGACCGAAUCCGGUUAAAGUCUCUCCAGAAAUCGAACCCCCUCCCCGGUGCAGCGAAUCUUACUCCAGAACAAAUCGCGAGGAGAGCGGCCCUGCAACGCGCACCCGAAGUCGCGGCUAUGCUGGGCAUGCUGAGCCGCGCGAGUGCCAUGGGUGGAGAUAGAGUGUCGUUUACAAUGGCGACGACGCUGGAGAAACUUAAGGAUUCGAUGAGGAUGGGUAUUUCGCGCGAGGAGGGGACUACUUGUGUUAGAUUGUUGGCGAGUGAAGUUGCGCCCGAGUGGAUUCGGGUUGUGGCUGUUGGGGGGAGGGAGAAUGUAGUAUUGGAGACGGAUCGUCAGAUCAGUCGGACUGAGGUUGAGGGCAGGGUUCGGAGGUUGCUUGAGAAACGGUAAGGGGGUUUAAGGAGGAGGGAUAUAAUAGGAUGGGGGAGGGGAAAGACGACAUGAUGUGCACUUUGCACUUUAUACGAUCAUUGGGGGCAUCACUCGGAGGGGAUGAAGAAAUGAGGAGGAUGAGUGGUGUUGGUUGCGAUUUGUUUUAGCAUUGCAUUGCAUCGCAUCGCAUCGCGUUCAUUGUGUUUCUGCUGCGGCCCGACGAUACCAUUUGUCUUGAUGGAUAGAUGAAGAUAAAGACGAAGGUGAAUGGGGGAGAAGUAUAGGUGCCAAUGGCACAAGGUAUAUAGUGAACUCUCACUAGAACCAAGAGUAAUAAAAAAAAGUCAACAAUAA